GUGACCUAUUCCGCUCAUCGAUGCCUGAGGCGCAAUGCUAAGCAGAGUCCCGAUGACGCAUCUGGAUAUUUUCUUCACACAGCCCUCUGACAAAUGCACUAUUCAAACCCUCAAAGACCCUCUUGCACCCUCAUGUCUUUCUUACAUCCAUUCCUCUCUCUCGGCGCGCAGUCGCAAGCCUUACUAUCGAAGCAGAGCAUCCCGGCGCCAUGAUCACCACUACAAAACCACAUGGCCCAAGCGCGCUUCGCCAAUCUUCACUUCAACGCUGUCCAGCCUCCCCACACACCACAACCACAUCGCCACCUCAACCACUCACAACUCAGCUCCCACUCACACCCUCCGGGCCAGCCCUCUCCCACAGCUCAGUACGCAAAGCCCGGCGCGCACAGCGGACGUCUCGCUGCACAUCCCCGUCCACCUCCAUACCACCCGUCACGCAACACCCGCCGCAGAACGCUCACGCUCACGCUCACGCUCUCCCUACUCAAAUCCUACGACCCCCCAAAAUGCCCACCCCAGCACAGCUGCGCCCACUAUUCAUCGCCUCGCUCGGCAACCCCGGCGCGGCCUUCGCACACACAUACCACUCCGCGGGCCACAUGUUGCUCGAGACACUGCACGCGAGCAGCGGAGUAUCAUUCAGCGGGUCCAGUGCCGACGGAGCAUGCACAUACCCGGGCGGUGGUGGUAGCUCCUCGCGCGACUGGACGUUGUUCAAAUGUCCGAGCUAUAUGAACACGUCUGGGCCGAGUAUUGCAAAGGCGUUCCGCAAGUGGAAGAAUGGGCGGCAGGAUGGGGUGUUGGUUGUGUUGCAUGAUGAGUUGGAGUUGGGUGUGGGUCAGUUGAAGAUGCGCAAGGAGGGCAGUCAUAAAGGGCAUAACGGGCUUAAGAGUAUAUUGGCGACGCAUGGGAAAGAGUUUGUGAGGAUUGGGGUGGGGAUUGGGAGGCCGGAGAGCCGGACGAGUGAGGAUGUCUCGAAGUAUGUGCUGGGACGGAUGAGAGCGCGAGAUCAGGAUAUAAUUAGGGGCACUGGAGGAAGAGUUGCUGGGUUGUUGGAGAAGAUUGAGGCUGGUGUAUGAGAGAAAGAGCAAGCCAUUUAUGUGGCUGUUCAAAGAAGCUACAGUGGAGAAGAGCUAUGCAAGAGGUAUAGACACAAGAACGCCUUUGCCGCGACUGAAAGUAAGCUGGGAAAGGAGAUGUCCAGGCUCAGUCAGCGUGUCGUCCCUCCUUGGUCUCUGCGAGAGUCGGACUAUCUGGCUCAU